GUGCAACAAUGGACCCGGCCAGCCGGCCCCGCAAACCAUGGAGGAAAAAUCUGUACGAAAACGCCGAGUACGAGGACAAUUUCACCGAUCCGACGUUUUUAAAGGACAUGAAAACGAACGUAAACCUGCGGAGCUAUUCGGCCGCUGAAGCGUUUACCGGGGCCACACGGCUCAGCCAGCAGAUCUGUGUGGUGACGGGGUUUCUGAUCGUAUUCCACCACCUGUACACCGAACGCGUGGGCCCGAAAGCGAUAUUCUGCCAGUCGGCCGCCGGCACCAUGGUUGGCUAUUUUAUCUAUGCCGGCAAGGACGCGCAGGUGGCAAAGUUCAUCGAGGACUCCAAGACGGCCAUCGCGGUGCUGGUGUUUGGAUUCAUCUUUUCCCCGCUGCUGCACACGCUAACGAACAGCAUCAGCACGGAUACGAUUUUCUCGAUGACCUUCUUCGUGCUCGUGCUUCAUCUGGUGUUUUUUGACUACGGAGUAUCGGCCGCCCUCGUUUCCAAAGCCAUAUCACUGAAUGCGGCCAUUUUCGGUGCAAUAUGCUUGGCGUCGCGGCUUUCGUCCUCGCUACACGCGUUCGUGCUGCUGGAACUGGCAGCCGUUUUCUUCGCCCUGGGCCCAUUUCUGGUGUCCAAGCUGUACAGCAUUCAUCUCCUGGUUCUUUCCAUUGCCGCGUGCUGCUACUUUCUGAACUCAAUCUCCCCCGUUAUCCUGUACACCUACAUCAGCCUGCUCGCGUUCGUCAAUCUGUUCUGUCCCUGGUUGUUCGUCCGACUGCAGAAGUUCAAGAACAACAUCAAUGGCCCCUGGGACGAAGCAAUCGUAACGGAAGACGGCCCCACAUAGGAGCCUCGAAAACGAUCGUCAGAGGCAAACACCAACCCAAAGAUUGUGUAAAAUUAGAACCAAACGUCCGUUUA